AUGGACUGCAUUAACAAAACCACCAUUAUUACUACUUCACAAACUUUAUCUUCUUCAUCUUUUUCUGCCGGUGGAAGUACGGCUGCUCCUCCAUCAUCUCCGCCAGUUGUUCCGAUAACACCUUGCGCAGCCUGCAAAAUCCUCUGCCGGAGAUGCAUCGAUAAAUGUGUGUUGGCACCGUACUUUCCGCCCACGGAGCCCCUCAAGUUUACCACUGCUCAUCGAGUCUUUGGUGCCAGCAACAUCAUCAAAUCGUUGCAGGCAAAUGCAAGGAUCAGAGAUCCAGUGUAUGGCUGCGCAGGUGCAAUUUGGCAGCUGCAGAAGCAUAUUAGUGAGCUUCAAGCACAAGUUGCCAAGGCUCAAGUAGAGAUGUUGAAUGUGCAGUCACAAAACGCCAAUUUGGUGGCAUUAAUUUGCAAGGAGAUGUCACAAAAUCAAGUAAACAAAGAUAAGAAUGAAGAACAAGCUUAUGGAAAUACCAAUCUCUUGACAUCUUUUUGGUGGCAGGUUUGUACCCAACGAUCCUGGAAACGACCUUAUGGUGUUGGCCUGCUUGUAGGUGGGCUAGAUGAAUCUGGCGCUCACCUCUAUUAUAAUUGCCCUAGUGGUAACUACUUUGAAUAUCAAGCUUUUGCCAUUGGAUCUCGGUCACAAGCUGCAAAAACAUACUUGGAGCGUAGGUAUGGGAGUUUCACGGAUUCUUCACGAGGAAGUCUGCUUAAGGAUGCACUUUUUGCAUUGAGGGAGACUUUGCAAGGAGAAAAGCUGACAAGCACGAACUGUACUGUUGCUGUGCUAGGUAUAGGAGAGCCUUUCCAUAUGUUGGAUAAAGAUACUAUCCAAGGAUUAAUCAAUGAAUUUGAGUUAGCUGGUGAAGAAGCUCCCGCUGCAAGCACAGAUGCAGCUGCUGAUGCCGAAUCAGCAGUACCUGAAGCGGUCGCCCCUACUAAUGAAGGUGCUGCACCAAUGGAUAUAUGAUGACAUUAUGUUCUCCUUUGGAUGUUAGUCCUUCCAUAUGCAAAAGUUUCUUGUUAGAAUAUUGAGGCUUCCUUUGGCAGUAGACCAUAUUUUCUGGUUGGACUUUUUUGUUAUGCAAUUAUGUUCUCCGAUCUUCAUCAUAAUUGUACAACAUAUUGGAAUUUCAUCAGUUGUUACAAUGCUUUUCAUUGGGGCCCAAA